GGCCGGUCUUUACAAGCAUUUUAGCAGCGAACGAGAGCGCAUAACAGUGAUUCAACAUCAACGGCUGUUAGAGUACUAGCUCAAGUAAAAGCCAUUGUCACAUUUUUUUUUUUUUCUUUCGAAAGUUGAGUGUCAAUUCUCGAGUCUCUCGAGACAAUUAUCGCUCAACGCUGGGUAAAACAGUGGGUUAUUCCCAUUGUUAAUUGACUAGAAACGGACGCGUCGGAAUUAAACGAUUUAAAGGCGAUAAAACCUAGUGCAUCGGGGCGAAGUUGGUCAACAAAGGGACAGCACUGCGAACGUACUUUCACAGGCGGCAGGUCAAACCAAGUGGUCAAAACGAGCGGGAGCGGACUGUACUCGGAUCUUAAUUUUUCGGAUCUCAAUUUCCGGUAAUACCCCCCGAGAUGGCCGGCAGAAGCGACUGGGAUUACACAAGAAAUGGUCCCAGCACUUGGGUGGAGAGAUUCCCAAUGGCCGCAGGAUCUAGACAGAGUCCGGUUAAUAUUGAAACCGAUCGGGCUGAGUCUGAUCACGAGGCGCUCAGCAACAAACCGCUGAGGUGGAAAUAUCCUGCAACUGCAUCGAGAAAACUUGUCAAUCCAGGUUACUGCUGGCGCAUUGACUGCGACGGCGAUGGCACACUACUGACUGGUGGUCCAUUGAUGGAUGACAUUUACAAGCUUGAGCAGUAUCAUUGUCACUGGGGCUGCAGCGAUUCGAGGGGAUCCGAACACACUGUUGAUGGGCAAGCAUUCGCUGGAGAGUUACAUCUGGUUCAUUGGAACACGACGAAGUACCAGACCUUCGCUGAAGCAGCAAAAGCACCAGACGGUCUUGCCGUGCUCGGUGUUUUUCUCAAAGUGGGAAAUGCACACGAAGAAAUGGACAAGAUUGCCCGAAUGUUGCCUUAUGUCUCCCACAAGGACGAGGUGAUUGAAAUAGACAAUCCAAUCGAUCCGAGUAAACUUUUGCCAGUACGAGGUGGACGUGCCGGUAGAUGCAUUAAUCCGUGCAUGAGAUGGGCGGACAGAAUAAUUCGUCCCGAUAACAAGUGUGGUUUUCAAGAUGACAAUGGCUACUGGACUUAUCUCGGCUCAUUGACCACCCCGCCUUGCAACGAGAGUGUUACCUGGGUUCUUUUCAAGAAAUACAUCGAGGUUUCGCACCAUCAGCUCAACGUAUUCCGUAAUUUGCGAAAAUUCCCGAGAGGCGCCGAGUGCCCCUGUCACGAGAAUCACGGAGUGGUAAUCAAUAACUUCCGCCCACCACUUCCUCUCGGCAACCGCGUGCUGCGUGAGUGUGGAAGCUUCUAAGAUGCAGCAAAAGUUUCUGGAAUCCAAGAAGAGGGAAUCGUCUGCCUACUGUCGGCUAUCACGGGGGGAGGGGGUAUGGGGAGGGGGGAGGGAACGAACGGGGGAUGAAGUAUUAAUCAGUAAAUUUUGUCAAUGUCGUGGCUAAUUUGUAAUCGAAUAAAUAGAGAAACAGAAUCUGAGUAGGCUUAGACUUGUCAAUUGAAAAUAAUCAACUUAUUCCAUUGAAUUAACUAAUUAAUAAAUAACCGUUAUGUGCAAAAAAUCAAUCCAGAAGUGCUUUGAACAUUAGAAAUCUUUUUACAAAUAAAUGAAAAACAUAAUUUUUUAUGGAUUUAUAACCAACUAUUUUUAUAAACCAGGGAAUAAUUGACAAUAUUUGGAGGAACCCAUUUUUGUAACAAAAAUUUAUUUUCAAAAGCAGAAUUAAGGAUAUUGAAUUGAGGAUUUAUUCUCGUGGAUAAAAAAAAAAAUAUUAAACCACCAAUUGAAACGUGAUAAUCGGAUUAAUUAAUGCUACGAAGAAUGUUCGAUAAAACAAGAAAUAAACCUGUCAUAAUUUUUUUAAUGAAUCAAUAGUGACGGAUUUGCACGAUUUUAUUUAUGUUCAUGUAUAAGAACUAGUAUGUACCAGUCAUAUGCUAAGCAAUCCAUUCAUCUUCGUUGUGGAGAGAUGAUAAAGAUCUUAUUUUGAGUGAAAAUUACCGCAUACAUUGAUGUCGGCUUAUUUCAUAAAAUGCAUAUAAUUAUUGCGUGUGUUAGAAGAAUUUACUUAUAGCCGUAUUGAAUCGUUCCAAUUUUACUUGAGAGAAUAUGAGACGAUAAUUGCUUGUACUUGUCAACAUUACUGUAGUUUGUUUCUCAUACCUCUACUCGCUGUGACCGUAGAGCAAUACUAACAAUAAAGACAUGAAUGAUGAAUAACAA